GCAACCGACUAAGCACUAAAUUCUGUUACCCGCUGGUGGUGGAAUUAGUCGAAAAAAGAACAGUGACGAUAACCUACAUCUUUUCGGUCCGGGUCAGAUAGUCAGAUCCUCUCGACACGCCGUCCUGCACGAAUUUUGUCGUAUGCUAAUGGCUGCUGACGACGACUGAGCAGACAGUUCUUACUGAGUCACCGAAUCGAUCGCGAGGAUCAAAGCCGACGACGACGACGGAGAAAGUGUAUUCUCGCUUUCGCAAAAGUAUAAUCUUAUUCUGUUUCUGUUUCACCCAGUGAUUUACUUUUGGGACUUUAUUUUUGUGUGCGAGUGAAUCUGGCUGGCCAACAACGGCAUGAUUUUCACUUAACAGGCUGAACUGAGAAGAAGCAACACCAUUCGUCAUGUCGGUCACCUCAAUAUCGAACGGCAAACUGCUGAACUCGUUGGACACGAAGCUUCUGGAACCUCUGAACGCCAAGCUGAUAGACCCUCUCGAGACGAAAUUCCUCGAGCCCAUGGAAACGAAAAUAAGCAACAACAACGGCUCGCAAAACGGCAAAAUCCCGAUGGAUGACGCAGAAGUGCCGGAAGAAGAAAAAGCCUUGAACCAGACAGAACAGGACGAGAUGCCAGACGAUAGCGAUACAGAAUGCGGGCUAGGUCGAUGCGCCCCCAAAGAACUACAAAGCUGGGCCACCAAAGAAAUAUUCCUGAUAGUGUUCUGUCUGUCGUGGGUGCUCCAGGGCAUGUUCCACACGUACUUUGUGAGUGCGAUCACAACGAUAGAAAAACUAUUUCAGAUACAAUCCAAGGUGACGGGGAUGAUAAUGAGUGCGACUGAGAUCGGGCAGAUAGGUUCUUCCCUCCUUCUGACCUAUUACGGUGGGCAGGGCCACAGGCCUAAAUGGAUCGCAGGCGGGAUGAUGCUCUUCGCCCUUUCCACCUUCACGUGUUCUCUACCUCAUUUUAUUUACGGUAAACAGCUCAUAAAUGCCAAUGAGCUGAGUGGCUUGACCACCGAUCCAAACACAUGCACUGCCUCACCUGAUGCUGUGAAGAUUUAUGCCUGCGGCGAUAACCCCUGGAAUAACCUUACUGAUGGCUUAGUAUCUGACUCUCCAAGUUUUCUGCAAACGGGCAAAAACGUUACAGAAAUCGAACACCGGUUGCAUCAUUCUGUUACCAAGAUAGUGCUAUCUGUAUUCUUCAUCAGCCUGCUGGGUGUUGGCAUGGGCCAGACUGCUGUUUAUACACUUGGAAUACCCUACAUCGAUGACAACGUUGCCAGCAAGGAAUCGCCCUUAUAUUUCACAAUAACGAUAGGGGUUAGAAUAUUGGGACCCGCUCUGGGUUUCAUUGUUGGUUCCUUCUGUUCAAGUAUUUACGCUGAUUUAUCUGUGGAACCCAAUAUUACCACGUCAGAUCCUAGAUGGGUGGGAGCCUGGUGGUUGGGUCUGGUUGUUAUCUCAGGAAUGCUAAUGUUGACAUCUAUAGCCAUGUUCACCUUUCCCAAGAGACUGAAGGACUCGAGACAAGUCCGAAAAAUACCUAAAAGAGGGAAUAAGAAACAUCCCAGCAUAAGAGAUUUUCCGAAAACGGUGAAAAGACUGCUCAAAAACGAUAUUCUCAUGUACAGAACUGCCAGUAGUGUCCUACAUAUCCUGCCAGUAGCUGGUUUGUACACAUUCUUACCGAAAUACCUCGAAAGCCAAUUCAGGUUGCCCACACCAUCUGCUAAUAUGAUCUCAGGUGUCGGUGGUAUUCUUGUCAUGGGCGUUGGUAUUAUUAUAAGUGGUUUCUUCAUUUUAAGAGUGAAACCGAAUCCAAGAUUUGUGGCUGGAUGGAUAGCCAGCACAGCUUUUAUAUAUGCCUUAGGUAUGGGUAUUUUAAUGUUCAUAGGGUGUCCUUUAGAUGACUUCGCUGGUCUGGCGAUGAGGGACAAUGUCCCAACAUUCGACAUGUCUUGUUCGAAGGCAGAUUGCGACUGUAACCUGGACAAGUUCGCGCCCAUCUGUGGUGAAGAUGGUAAGACCUAUUUGUCCCCAUGUCAAGCAGGAUGCAAGAACGUCACCCAGGAGAAUGGGCAAAUCCUGAACUACUACAACUGCCUCUGCAUUCCCACCAGUAGUCCCUUCAAUGAAACACUAUUCAAUAACGAAGAGAUAAGAGGAAAUGCAACAGUUGGAUACUGCGAGACCAAAUGCACUAAUUUCAAGUGGUACCUGGUCGUCUUCUCCGUGUUCGUGUUUGUACAUUCUACCUCAGAAGUUGGUUCUAUUUUGCUGAUUUUGAGAUGCGUAGAGUCGCGAGACAAGGCUAUGGCUCUGGGUUUGAUCCAGUUCGCCAUUGGAUUAUUCGGAAAUGUUCCUUGUCCUAUAAUUUAUGGAGCUGUGGUGGAUUCUGCUUGUCUGGUGUGGAAAAAGGCUUGUGGGGAGGAAGGGGCUUGUGGAUUGUACGACUCCAAGAUGUUCAGAAUGUUCUUCCACGGAUCUACCAGUGCCCUACUCCUAUGUGCCUUUUUGGUGGACGUAGUCGUGUGGUACAAAGCCGACAACAUCAAAUUCUUGGACGAAAAAGAGAAACAAAAGGAAGAAAUCACAGCAAAAAACAAUGAAAUAAAAAACGAUACGGCAACAACCGAUUAACAAACAACCCUGGAGGGCAAUCCUCCUAGAAGAUAUUAAUAUUCGUCUAUACCUACCUACAUUGACUGAAUUGACUCAAGGCAGCUCGAUUUUUGUAUAUAGAAAUACGUUAUUUUGAAGGAAUAUAUCUUUGGAUGGUUGAAACGUGAGGGGAGCAUUUCAAGAUCGUUUUAGUAUCGACAGGAAGGUUUCUGAUGUUUUUUUAAUCGUAAAAUCCCACAUUAAUCCUAACCAAAUCGUUGUGCAUAUUCAGCAUCGAUUAGAUGUAGGAUGUUUCGGUUCGGUUCCUUCCUAGGGAUGUCUUCAACCCCACUACAUCGAUGAUUGUUAAUUUCGAAUUUAUUUCACGUAAAUUUAACGCACUUAUAAGAUCUGAAAAUAUGGAACGAGCAUUCUUCAACUGUGAUAAUAAUAAUAAUUUUUUAAUAUUUUACAGUUAAUAUUUUCGGUAUGAGACUUUUAGAAAUCAUAAGCCGCUAUCAAUCCAAACAAAUUGUGUAUUUUGUUUUUAAGGACGAGUAUUGUGACUGCGCACUUUUUUAAAUAUUUGAUUCCGAAAAUUCGUAUAUUUUGAAAUAUAACUUUUAUUCAAAGCCAUCAAUAUGAAAAUUAAAACACCUUGAAAUUAUCUACGGAAAAUUGUAUAUGGGGCAUUUAGUGAAGAGUUAUUCUUGAUAAUUUUAUAUAAAAAAUAUCGAAAAUUAGAUGAGAUUAGUAGAAAAAAAUUCAAAUGAAAAAGACUUAAAAAUAUGCUUUAUGGAUAAUAUUGUCACCGAGAACGUUAUUUUGGUAAACUUCAAAUUGGAUUUUGCAUAUUCUUCUACAUUUAUAUCCAACAUCGACUAUUUGUGAUUGUAGAAGUGUUCAAAGUAGUCUGGAUGUUUAAAUAGUGAAAUUAUCCCAGUGGCUAUUGAACUAGUGGUAUUGGAAAUUCGAAAUCUUGCUUCUGUAUUCUUUUAAUAACUGUGAUUACAGAAUGAAGGGUACAAUUUCACAUCACAUAUUCAUAACUUUUAUAUGUAAAUCUUUCAAACAUCACUAUAACUUAGGAUAAUGUUACGCAACUAUUUAGUAAACUUAACUAAAAAAAAAUGUUUUGAAUGAUUGAUUGUUAGUAGUAUAGGAAAAGUGUGUUCGUCAGAUAUAAUCUUCAGUUCCUUGUGUAAAAGAAGCCACAAACGAUUUAAAAUAAUUUAGUGUUAAACCCACUCUUGUUUUUUAUUUAGUUUUAACAUAGCUUAUACAGUGAACCUACUUUAAUCCUGAAUUAGAAAUUAGGUAUAGUUACCAAUUGAUUAAUUAUGUAUGUUGAAUGUAGAAAUAUACACUGUGUGCCAUACAACAUUGGUAUAACGUAAAUUUUUUAAAACUACAAUUUGUUGAGGAGGUAAUAUUGAAUUACUCGUUAUUAAUCUGAAGUUAUUUCUGUAGGUAAUGUCGUUGUCAGUUAAUAUUAUAUUAAUUCAGGAAUUUCUGGUUGGAAAAUUACUGCCUAGCCUAUAUUUAACGCAAAGAGUAUGGCCUAACUCAGAUCGCAUUCUGUUAUCAAUUUUGUACUGCCAUAAAACUAUUUUCUACUUGAAGAAAAUAGAUUCAGGGUUAUUUUAUGAUAGAUUUCAUAACAUCUGUUUCCAUAAAGCUCAAUUCUUGAAUUCUGUGAUUGUUAUAACACUGCAGUUACAUUGUGCAAUUUUUAAGAAAUACGUGUACUCUAGAAUACAACAAAACACAAUUAAUUUAUACAAUAGAAUAUUGAUUAACUUAUCACAAUAUGUGAUAACGUAAUACUGGUUAUUUUAUACAGCUGAAUAAACUAGUACCACUUUUGUACAUAAAUACAUGAUAGUU